AGGUGACCAGUAUGGCUGCGUUUAGCGGGUUGUUGUUGUCCUGUUGAUCAGCUGGAUCAACACGUUGUGGACAACGUGUAUCAAAUUAUCAACACAACGUUAUUUUGAUAUACGUUUGUAAACGUAUUUUAAAAUUUCUAGUUGACUGAUACUCAGUCGUUUCACAUCAGUCUUGAUCAGUCUACAUCAUCAGCAACAACCAGCUCGCACGUGUUAAAACUUGUUCAUUUUAAUUUUUGUAAUUUACUGAUUAACAACGAUAUCGAGUGAUAAAAAUAUUAUUUCUGAACUUCUGAUAAGUUUGACGAGCCAGCUCAACAUAUAAUUCAACUGGUAUUAUUAAAUUCUCAGCAACCAUGUUUACAAAUUCUGCAAAAACUACUUUUGGUGGAAAUUCUAAUGGAGCUCAAAGUGGUCCAUUUGGUCAACCAGCAGCAACAUCAUUUGGCCAACCAGCAGCAACAUCAUUUGGCCAACCAGCAGCAACAUCAUUUGGCCAAGCAUUAACAGCAAGUGGUUUUGCUACACCAACUAUUGGAUCAAAUUGGGGUGCACAAGCACAACAAUCAACAUCAUUUGGACAAACAAAUACAGCAACAACAUCACAUAUAUUUAGUUCACCAGGUUUUUCGGGUAGUAGACCAACAACAUCAUUUGGACAAGCAAAUACAGCAACAACAUCACAUAUAUUUAGUUCACCAGGUUUUUCGGGUAGUAGACCAACAGCAUCAUUUGGACAAGCAAAUACAGCAACAACAUCAAAUAGAUUUGGUUCACCAGGUUUUACGGGUAGUAGACCAACAACUGGUACAACUAUUGCUAGAUUUUCACCAGUAUUAUCAACUGAAACAAUAAUAAAAAAUAAUGAAGCAACAAAUAUACAAACACGUCAUCAAUGUAUAACGAGUAUGACCGAAUAUGAGGGUAAAUCAUUUGAAGAGCUACGUCUUGAAGAUGAUCAUGCUGGUUUAAAACGAAGAAUGAUAUUUCGUCAACCAGCAUCAAGUGGAUUUGGUGAAAAUUAUAAAACAUUUUUAUGUAAUCCAAAACCAACACCAAGUACAACAACUGGUAAUUUAUUUGCUCCAACAACACCACGAGCAUUUAGUCAACCAGCUAAUAUCGGUGGAUUUGGUGCAAGUAAUCCAACAUCAAUAGUACAACCGUCUCGUUUAAGCUGGGGUGUAAGUUUUAACACAUUUAAUGAGGAAGCACCAACAGCACUUCUUGAAAGUUCGAAUAAUUCUUUAUUCGUACAACAAACUACACCAGCUUUUGGAAGACAAUCUUUCGACUAUUUAAGAAAACCACUGGAUAAUGAAGAGAAUUUAACAUCAUGGUGUGUCACUCAUACAUUUGUUAAAAAAGAUAGCUUCAAAUGGACAAUUGAAAAUUUUAGAUAUCGAACAGAAGCACGUGGUGAGUCAAUUAAAUCAUCAAUAUUUACAUCUGGACAAGGAACUGAAUGUGAGCACAAUUGGCGUUUCGAUUAUUAUCCAAAUGGUUUUUAUGAUAGUAGUAUGGAUUUUGUUGGUCUGAAAAUUAAUUUGCUGGAUGACAAACGUCCAGAUAACGUUCAAGUCACCAUGAAAAUUUCAAUUUUAAAUUCUUUUGAUCAAGCAGUACAUACUGUUGGUAAAAACGCCAUGACAAUAACAAUUCCAGAAACAGGAGUUAUUUAUUGUCCUAAUUUUUUGAACAAACCAGAAAUUAUUAACAAUUCUUUGUCAUUCUUUCCAAAUGAUAACUUGAAAAUACUUAUUGAAAUUGGUACAAUGAUUGGAACUUCAACAAAAUCCAAGAAAACAAAACAAGCAUAUUCACCAAAAGAUCAAUUACGUGAUCAAAUGUUUGAAUAUUUUAAUUCUGAAAAAUUAACUGAUGUUGUUAUUGAAGUUGAUGAAUCAGAAAUUAAAGCCCACAAGUUAAUUUUAUCAACUCAAAGUCCAAUAUUUGCUGCAAUGUUUGAUGAAGAAAUCAAUAAUAAUCGUAUUAAAAUUGAUGACAUGAAGCUUGAUGUUGCAAAACAAUUGCUGGAAUUUAUUUAUACAAAUAAAAAACCAACAAGAAUCAAUGAAUUUACAAAUGAACUGAUAAUUGCUGCACAAAAAUAUCAAAUUGCUGGAUUAAGAAUUAUGUGUGAAGAAAUUUUGUUUGAUUCAUUAUCAAUUGACAAUGCCAUAAAAAUUUUGCUUCUUGCACACAAGCAUGACAUCAACGACUUGAAAGAUUUUGUUAUUAAAUUUAUCCAGACUCAUGGAAGCAUACUGAGAUCAAAUGAAUUCAAGGAUUUGGAAAAUGACCGUCCUGCUUUGGCUAUGGAAGUAUACCGUGUAAUUGCCAUUGAAAAAGCAGAUAAUUAAGUAUUCAACUAUCUCAAAUUAAAUACCAGUCUUUAUUAUUAAAAAAAAUACAAAACAAGUACCUUAUUUUUAAGUAAAAUUCAACGAAAAAUAAUGAAUAUGUAAUUUAAAUUUAAACAAGUUAUUUAUACUCAAUAUUAAAUAAUAAACAUAUUAAAUUAUUGUUCAAAUUGUUUGGAUACGAGGUUGAUGAAGAUUCUUUUGAAGCAUGAGAAUCUAAAAACAUUUGACUGUGUAAUUUAAUAAAUAUCUUUUUUCUAAAAUAAAUUAUAU